AUGGAGCAGGGAUCCUGUAGCAGAGUCCAAAAAAAUUUUAAGGUCUCCAAUACGCGCCAUUGGCACGACGUCUCCUCUUACUUUGCGCACUGCGACGAGCCAGCAAACGUCGAGGCCCAUUACGAGUCUUACAAGUCCUCUCUCGAAACCCUUCGCAAAGACAAGAACGACGAGGUUCGAAAGAGCGCCGGUAGGGUGUUGAAUCUGCUCAGUAAGGAGAUAUUUGAAAGCAAAUUCAGGGAAAGGCUGCGUGAAGCCUCUACAAGGCGAUCAAAGGAGAAAUUCUCCGGCGCUUUUCUAAAUGUCGCGGAGGGCGCGAGCGAUAUCGCAGCGACUGAGACCUCGCAAGAGAUGGUGAAGAAGACGCUAGAGGCAACAACUUCAACGAAAGCAGCGCCAGCAAUAAAGGCUUCGAAGAAAGUAACACAAGUGGUAGGAGCACCAACGGCUGUAGCGCUAAUGACUGCACCAUCUCCACCACAGCAAAUUAUUCGAAAGCGUGGGAGAGCGUCAAAACUCGACGAUGCAAGCAAGUUGCAGCGGAGGGAGGAGCCCAAGGCGAGGUUGAGAGUACCAUGGCACGAACUAGUGGAGUCGGCGCUUCUCUUGUACGACAACUACGAUGUUGCUCUACCGCGAGCGAACUUGGCCGAGGGAUUGAGUGAUGAGCAGGCAGCCUUGUAUAACUUGGCUCUGGGAGAGUUAGGGUCUGCUAAGGCUCUUAUGAACAGCCAGGAGAAGUUCGACCGCGAUAAAUGUCUGCCCUUUAAGGACGCCUUUGUUGCUAUAUCUGGGAUUUUGAAUACGUUCUCGCCGCUCGCGGGGAGGGCCUUGUCUGCGGAGGAAUUGCAGCAAGUUGAAGCGCUGUGUGCCGUGCCGGACCUCCACGGGAACAAAGAAGCUAGGCUUCAAGAUCUUAUUCGAAUUCUACUUGACAUACUUGCCAAGGGCAAGUUGGAGGACGUCCUGGAGAGCACAUAUCGGAUUCAAUAUCCAAAACAUCAUACGACCAAUGUAUGGCGACAAGACCCCUUCGGAAGCGGACUCACUCCAUCUUUGGGCCUCCAUCUUUCAGCAAGGUCUCCCACUCGACAGUACUCUGGCAUUUCACUUGGCAAGCAGGGAUGCGCUGCAACGGCACUUUCGAGGUCAAGGUUGGCCGAUGUCUUCAACACAGGUGCCAAUGCACGAAAGUGCGAUUGCUUGUUGACUGUUGGCGGUCUGGAGGUCGCCAAUUUUGAGUACAAGCGGGGAACAGCAAACAAGCAAGAAGUCGCCUUCCAGCUGCGAAAAAACUUGAAAAUCAACAAAAGUAUCCUUUUGGAGCUCGAUAAUACUCAUCAUAAUGACACAGGCCGGUCCGCCGUCAUCUACAAGCUCUGCAAGUGGAAGAGCAUUUGGGUUGCUGGCAAGGCAUCCAAAACGUUCAUGUUGCCCAUGACAAGAAGGGAGUUCCAAUGUUUCUUAGAGGGUCCGGUCUUUCAAUUGGCGAACCUCCUGGCCCAUUUAGACAAUGGAGAAAUGGCUAAAAGGCAAUAUAAAUACGUUGGCUCCGGCCAGCAAUCCGCAUAA